AGUGACUGGGUUUCUGACAUGGUACAUCAGAGCCAAAGGUCUUGGGUUCAACUCCCGGUGCCAGCGCUGCAGAGGCGCUCGUGUCUUCCACCUAUCCCAGCGGGGGGGGGGUGUUGAGUGACCCGCUGGGGUUGCCCUUGAGAUCCUCGGGGAAGGGCCACAGAAAAGCUUCUCCUUGCCACCAAGAUCCUACGCUUCUUGGUGCUUAUUCUGUACUCACUUGGCAUAACUCCUUCCCCGCCAUUUACGCCCCCAAACACAGCGCCAACCGCCAAUUUUAUAGUGUGUGCUUAUAGAGACGGAGCCCGCGUCUCCCUGACCUAUGGCUUCACCCUGGUCCCCACAUUCGCAACUCCGCUUUCCCGCUUCCCUGCUAUCCCGCUUCCAAAACUCCCCAACUUUCCCGCAUUCCCGCGUCCCAGCUUCCCCACUUUCCCGCGUUCCCACCUCCCAGCUCCCCCGCUUCCCGACCGCGUCCCAACUUCCCUGCUUUCCUGCGUUCCCGCCUCCCAGCUUCCCCGCUUUCUCGCGUUCCCGCCUCCCAGCUUCCCCGCUUUCUCGCGUUCCCGCCUCCCAGCUUCCCCGCUUCCCCGUGUUCCCGCCUCCCAGGUUUCCCCCUUUCCCGCGUUCCCGCAUCCCAGCUCCCCCAUUUCCCAGCUGCUUAACCGCGACCACUUCCUAGUUGCUACGCUUUCCCGGCCUGGAAGGGCAUCUGCUGCCCGUUUCCGGUGCCGUCGCCCAUCGCUGCCCGUUCGUCGCUUCCCGCUGCUGCCACUGCGCGCUACCCGCAGCCCGCAAAAUGCUUUCCCCUCUCCCCGCUCGCGCGUCCCACUCCCUACUUCCCGCUGCGCUCAUCCCGGCUUUUCCCCUAGCAUAUCCCCGUCAUGGUUUGAUGUGUGUUUUUAUCCAUGAGAUGGCAUGGUUGGGCACGGCGCGGCAUGGCAUGGCAUGGCGCGGCGUGGCAUGGUGUGGCAUGGUGUGGCAUGGAAUGGCACUACACGUGAUGGCAUGGCAUCAGAUGCGCAUUAAGGUUCACAGGGCAGUGGUGCGAGGCGGGCUCUUGUCAUCCCCGGUUCAGACAAGGGGGGGAAGCUGGUUUGGCGGCUGGCUUUCGAGCGGGAGAAGGGCACUAAAAGGAGGGAAUGAGGGCACGGAAGGGGGGAUGGAGGGCACUGGGGGAGAGGAAGGAGGGCUCAGCAGGGAGCGCACGCCGCACUCACUCUCCACGGCCCCACCGUGACUCAUCUGCCCUCCCACUCCAUUGCAGCGUCCCCAUGCCUUCCUUCCCCAAGCCCUGGUCCCCAUCUCGCCUGCUCCUUUCCUCGUGCUCUCCUCCAAUCACCCUUGCUUUCCCCCUCUGCCCAAUGCUCUCCCCUCCACCCCCUCUCUCUCUCCCGUCUGCCCUUCUCACUCUGAGUUCUUCUUUGCAUACGUCCAACCCCCCCUCCCUCUUUUCUCCUACCCCCUGCUUCCAGUACACUCCUUACUUCCAUCCCGCCACAGUAGCUGAGUUUGUGGCAGAAUGAGACAUGGCUGUAGGGUGUGCUAGAUUGUAAAUAGAUCCCCGUUGCUUGGCUAGAAAAAGCGCUCUAGCUGCCUAGCUGUCCAUAACAUGAGCUCGCGUUCAAUUUUUAACUACGUCUGAUAUUUGAAAUUUAGUUCUCUGCUACUCUUGAGAUGUAAUGUACUUCAUUU